UGCGAACGCGCCUCAACACUCGUAAACGUCACCGAAGAGCUAGUCGAAGCAGAAGUCUGUUUUCCAUCGGAAUAGUCAACCUCAGAAGCUCCAGUUAACUAGUGGUAGCUCCACGUUAUAUUAUUUUUCCCUUAGAUCACUUUCACAAAAAAUCCGAGAGCCAUGGCUGUCGACGAUGAGAGGAAACGUAUCGAGGAUGAAAGGAAAAGAAAACAAGCAGAGACGGACCGAAAACGAGCUGAAGUUCGUGCUCGUCUCGAGGAAGCGUCCAAAGCUAAAAAGGCCAAGAAAGGUUUUAUGACCCCAGAGAGAAAGAAGAAACUCAGGUUGCUGUUGCGUAAGAAAGCCGCUGAAGAGUUGAAAAAAGAGCAGGAAAGAAAAGCUGCCGAGAGACGGCGUAUCAUCGAACAACGUUGUGGAAAACCUAGACCUAUUGAAGAUGCUAAUGAAGAAACUCUGAAGCGUGUUCUACGCGAAUACCACACUAGGAUCUGUGAGUUGGAGGAUAAGAAAUUCGACAUCGAGUAUAUUGUCAAGAAGAAAGAUUUCGAGAUCUCCGAUUUGAACAGCCAAGUUAAUGAUCUCCGAGGAAAAUUCAUGAAGCCGACUUUGAAAAAAGUAUCCAAGUACGAAAGCAAAUUCGCUAAGUUACAAAAGAAAGCAGCUGAAUUCAACUUCCGCAAUCAACUAAAGCAAGUGAAGAAAAAAGAAUUCACCUUGGAAGAAGAAGAUAAAGAGCCCAAGAAAUCCGAGAAAGCUGAAUGGCAGACCAAGAAGUAGCUGGAUGUCACAUGAGAAAGGAGACUUGAUACUUAAUUGAUUUAUAAAUAAUACAUUAUUCAAUAAUAAUAAGAAAAAAUAUUUUAAAAAUAAUCACGAGCGCGUUGAUAUUUUUUUUUUACUUCACGAGGUACAAACGUUCGAACACCCGCUGAUGAAAAAAUUUAUUUGUUACUAAAGUAUUUUUUUUCAGAUUCGAGUAUAAUUGGCAUGCGAUUAUUUUUAAAUUUAACACUACUCUGUCAAAAAAAAAACAAAUACAAGCUUACACUGUCAAUUCUUCACUGUAAAUAUAUUUCUUCGCUAUAAA